GGCGGUGACUUUAUAUAGGAAGAAAUAGACCUAGUUUGGCCCAACAAAGGAGCCACAGAGUGAUAGCAAGCAAAGGGCUUUAACGGAUAACAAAAGGAGGGAGGUAGAGAACGGAGAAAAAGUGCAAGUGCAAAAAAUGCUAGGAACUUCGUCUCUGCAACACAAAAUCCUUUCUUCCUUUGUGGGUGGUCGAUAUAUUUACUCAAAUCAACCUCUCGAUCAGGUUUUUGGUUACAACUUAGGAAGGAAAUGGGUGUCAUUGCAAUUACCUAGAACGUUUUCUGGCUUAACUAACCUCUUGUUUAAUAGAAGAAAUCUAGAUGACGUUCCAAACACAAAACGUAAGAGACUAAGGCCUGGGAAAUUGUCUCCUUCUCGACCUGUUCCAGAUCAUAUACCAAGGCCUCCGUAUGUCAAUACUUGGCAAGCUCCUGGAAUUGCGAGUGGACCUGAAGUGCAUGAUGAGAAGGGGAUAGAAUGCAUGAGAGCUUCGGGCAGACUUGCUGCACAGGUUCUUGAAUAUGCUGGAACAUUGGUGAAGCCAGGUGUCAAAACAGAUGAAAUUGAUGAAGCUGUUCACCAAAUGAUUAUAGAUAAUGGAGCCUAUCCCUCACCUCUUGGCUAUGGUGGGUUUCCAAAGAGUGUCUGCACUUCAGUGAAUGAAUGUAUUUGCCAUGGAAUACCAGAUUCCCGUGAACUUGAGGAUGGUGAUAUUAUUAAUAUUGAUGUUACGGUUUACCUAAAUGGUUAUCAUGGUGAUACCUCAGCAACUUUUUUUUGUGGAGAUGUUGAUGAUGAAGCCAGAAAUCUGGUGAAGGUAACCAAAGAAUGCCUAGAUAAAGCAAUAUCAGUAUGUGCACCUGGAGUGGAGUACAAGAAAAUUGGCAAAACCAUUCAUGACCAUGCAGAUAAAUACAAUUACGGUGUUGUCAGACAGUUUGUUGGUCAUGGGGUUGGACGUGUUUUCCAUGCUGAUCCAGUUGUUUCACACUACAGGAACAAUGAUCUUGGGCGCAUGGUGUUGAAUCAAACUUUCACAAUCGAACCUAUGUUGACAAUAGGUAGCAUUAAUCCUAUUAUGUGGAACGAUAACUGGACAGUUCUGACGGAGGACGGGAGCCUGUCUGCACAAUUUGAGCACACCAUUCUAAUUACUCAGGAUGGUGCUGAGAUUCUGACAAAGUGUUAAAUCUGGAAUUCGGACCACACAGAUCUGCCCAUUUGGAGAAUUUCCUUCCAUUAAGGUUGGAUAGGCAUUUUAUAUUAAUUUUUUAUCAUAAUUCUUCUAAACAUAAAACCAUCUUGUUGAUUGUUGUGUUAGUUCCCACAAUAUACUUUUUAUUUUCCCCCCAUUUAAGCUAAUGCAAAGGGUAGUUCAAUUCUUUUAUGGACAUUCGGCUAAGAAAAAAAUUGCUGGGUCCAGAAUGAUUACUGUAAAUGAGUAUAUUUGUACUAAUAAAGACAGGUUCAUCAA